AUGGCUAACGCACAAGUUCGAGUGACCAUGGUUGAUACCGUGCGAGGUGGUCAGCACUUGUUUUAUGAGGGAUUCAAGUUUCGUUGUAAGAAAACGGUCCGUGAGAAGAAGUAUUGGAACUGCGUUGUUGCUGCCUGCAGAGCGUCGGUGAUCACUGAAAACAGCAUUCUUCAAGCGGCUUUGCAGGUGAACCAUACCCACCAACCUAUCCCAUAUGAGAUGGAAGUGGAAUCUUUCAAGUCCAGGCUCAUCCACCGUGCUAAGACGGAAACAACGCCGAUUCCAACCAUAUACGGAGAUGAGAUUUCCAGACUUCGCCGCCACCACGACGUAGUUCCAGACGACCUGCUUAAGGAAAUUCCUUCCUUUGCAUCCCUGAAGACCAUUCUGUACCGACAACGCCACAAGACCCUUCCUAAACUUCCUGCCACCCGACCUGAGAUUCAUCGUGGGUGGAAGGACGCCAAUUCGGACCUGAGAUCUGGAACCGUUUUGAGAACAAAUCAACGUAGAAGUCGCCAUUCAAGAUACCGGCUGAUUGACAACCGUCUUCAGGCUCUGAAAGACAUUCUCAACAACAACGUCAUCGGCGAAUUCGAAGUUGAGUACACAGAUCAAGUUGGUGACCUGAUCCACUUGGAGUGA